GGGAUUUUAGCUACCGUCCAUCUUCAGCUACAUUACUGUGAGCGAGCUUAACGAAAAGAAAACAUUUUGGAAGUAAAGAAGACUUUCUGGAAGUAGUUUUGGCUGUAUUUGAAAUAAGAUAACCGAAAUCCCAUACUCUAGCCGACUUCUUGACAGACGGAAUGUGGACAUUGUCGUAGUCAGAGCCAUGGCUGACAAGAGAAAACUACAAGGUGAAAUUGAUAGAUGUUUGAAAAAAGUAGCUGAGGGUGUAGAGCAGUUUGAAGAUAUUUGGCAAAAGCUCCACAAUGCAGCCAAUGCAAACCAGAAGGAAAAAUACGAGGCUGACCUCAAGAAAGAGAUUAAAAAACUACAACGAUUGAGAGAUCAAAUUAAAACGUGGGUGGCCUCAAACGAAAUCAAAGACAAAAGGCAGCUAGUUGAGAACCGCAAACUUAUAGAGACGCAAAUGGAACGGUUCAAAGUGGUGGAGCGUGAAACAAAAACAAAAGCAUACUCUAAAGAAGGCUUGGGGCUUGCUCAGAAGGUGGAUCCAGCUCAGAGGGAAAAGGAAGAGACGGGACAGUGGCUAACAAAUACAAUAGACACACUAAAUAUGCAGGUGGAUCAGUUUGAGAGUGAGGUAGAAUCUCUUUCAGUCCAGACACGAAAAAAGAAAGGCGAUAAGGAGAAACAAGACCGCAUCGAUGAGCUCAAGCGGUUGAUUGAGCGGCAUAGAUUCCACAUUCGCAUGUUAGAGACCAUUUUACGAAUGCUGGACAAUGAUUCUGUGCCGGUGGAUGCAAUACAAAAGAUCAAGGAUGAUGUUGAGUACUACAUUGAUUCCUCUCAAGACCUGGAUUUUGAGGAGAAUGAGUUCCUUUAUGACGACUUAGACCUGGAAGACAUCCCUGCAGCGUUAGUUGCAACUUCUCCGUCAGGUCAGGGCAACAUGGAAGAUGAAAUGUACCUCCAUUCGAGCAGCACUCCCACGUCCACCACAUCUUCUUCACCAAUCCCUCCAUCCCCAGCUACUUGCACCGCAGAGAACUCAGAGGACGAUAAGAAAAGGGGACGGUCGACAGACAGUGAAGUUAGUCAGUCGCCAGUGAAGAAUGGCGCCCCAUCUUUACAAUCUUCCUUUUCUUCUUCCACCACCUCUGGGUCUUCUUCAUCCUCUUCCCUUGUGUCCAUGGCAAGUGUUGUUGGAGGCAUUCUCACGAUUCCCACGAGCAGUACUCUCAUAGGAAGCUUUAGUAGCGCAGUACAACAACAUCAGCAUCAGUCUGCACAACAGCAGCAACAAUCUCAGCAAUCAAACCAACCACAGCAGCAGCAGCAACAACAGCCACCUCAGACUAAACCAUCCGUUCCCUCGAACAACACCCCCAGCCCACCCAGCAACCCUCUUCUCCCAACAUCCACUGUCCCUUCUUUAACCACACCCAGCACGCCCACUUCAUCAGCUCCCAACUCUCAACCCAUCUCCGGGCCCACUGCCGCAUCCAGUUUGGGGCUGGGGCUGGAUUUAAGAAAAGGUGGCAUAACGGGGACCAGCAGUGCCAACCAAAUGUCAAGUUUAGGCUUGACUGGCCACACCACUCCUUUAAACACAAUGGCAGGCCUCAUUUCAGGGUCCACAUCUGCCCUUUAUGCUCAUGCAGCAGCAUCUGGAGGUUUGGGCCUGAGCUGCACAACACAGUCCAGCAUUUUAACAGAGAGCAGCACUUCCAUCCCCACCUCAGGGUCAAGUGGAAUCACCACCAAUGGCACGGGGUCAGGGCUUAGUUUGCUAGGUUCCAACCAGGCACACAAUUCUCUGAGUGGGAGUAUUUUGAGUUUGGUCCCUGGGCAGGGCGUGGCCCCUGCUACCUCUCAGAUGCCCCCAAUUUCUGCCAGCACCACAGCCGGAGUAGUUGGUUUGAUGGUUGGCAACGGAGGAAGUGUUGGUGGGGUUGGACCAGUAGGAGUGAAUGCUGCUCCUGCUAGACCACCAAGUGGACUGAAGCAAAAUGGAAGCACAAGUUACAGUGCUGUAGUGGCAGAGAGCUCCACAGAAUUGUCUCUUAGCACGCCAAACCAGUCACAAAACAGCCAAUCCUCAUCCCUCAGCUCCUCAACCAGCCAGCCGAUGGACAACGGUCCCAGUUUAAUCAGCUCCAUCACCCUGCCCCCCAGUUCUCCAUCCCCCUCAUUCUCAGACAGUACACCCAGUGGAGGGAGUCUUCUGAACGGGCCCCACUCUUAUCCACAGGCCUCUGAAGGCCUUGAGGCUCCUAAAGGCCUCAGUUCCCUGAAGGUGAUGGCUGAGAGAGCAGCACUCGGAUCGGGUCUAGACGGAGAGAUUCCCAACCUUCAUGUGACCGAGAGAGGUCUGAACGAUAUCUUCUCUGGUUCGUCAGCAGCGCCUGGUACGCCCGCUGCUCCUCAGCCGUCCGUGUCGGAGGUCAGUAUCCCUCCGUUACUCGGGGUCUGUCCACUGGGUCCAACCCCUCUCCCCAAAGAGCAGCUGUACCAGCAGGCGAUGCAGGACUCUGUGUGGAACCACAUGCCUCACCCGUCUGACUCUGAGAGGAUCAGGCAAUACCUGAUGAGGAAUCCAUGUCCCACUUUGCCCUACCACCAUCAAGUACCAACCCACCACUCUGACACCAUAGAGUUCUACCAGAGACUGUCCACAGAAACGCUCUUCUUCAUCUUCUACUACCUGGAGGGCACUAAGGCUCAGUAUUUGUCUGCCAAGGCUCUAAAGAAACAAUCAUGGAGGUUUCAUACCAAGUACAUGAUGUGGUUUCAGAGGCACGAGGAGCCCAAGACUAUCACUGAUGAGUUUGAACAGGGCACUUACAUUUACUUUGACUAUGAGAAAUGGGGCCAGAGGAAGAAGGAGGGGUUCACCUUCGAGUACAGGUACCUCGAAGACAGAGACUUGCAGUGACGCACUGAGGGGACACGAAAGGACAGAGAAAAAGACAAAACCGUGCUGCUGUUGACAUUCCGAGACUGAACGCCAAAACUGUGGAUAGAGAUUGUGAUGUGUAGUAGAAACCCUCUCCUGGAGUGGAGACUGGUGUCUGUAUAGGCUGCAUCUCAAUGCGAAGCCCAAGCUCCUCGUGUAGUGCUUUGCUUUUUGAUAAAAACGCCCCGUGGGUCUGAUCAAACGCACUGCGCUGCACGAGCUGGGAAGGCUCUCGUUGGAGAUCUGCGUUUGUGCCUGUCUGUGUGCACACUCAGUAUGUGGCAUUAGGAAAGCCUACCCCAUGCAUGUUUGUUUUGUUUUUUUUCCUUUAUUUUCCUGUUUCAACAUGAUUCUCUACCACACAUCCAACAUGAG